AGAGAGAGUACUUAUCGUAUAGACUUUAUUCCAUAGAGUUCCCUACUUCUACGUAAUUUAUACAUAAAUAUAGAAAUUUGUUAUUCCUAAAUUACAUACGAAAAAAAUAUGGUCAUUCAAAUGGACAUUUAAAUAAAGAUACAUACACUGGAAGCACAUGAUCUGACAAAUACUUAUUAUUUUUAUAUUACAAGCAAUAAAUCUAACAUGGAGAAGUAAACUUUUAAAGUUCUCGAGUAAACCACACUCAAAGCGAUUGUAUUUCGAACUCUGUGAAUUCUGAGAGGAAAAUACGGAAGGCGAUAAUGGCUUUACACAGUGUGCCUCCUAAAAGAAAAGAAAUUUACAAAUACGAGGCACCAUGGCCUUUGUACAGUAUGAACUGGUCUGUUCGGCCCGACAAGAGAUUUCGUUUGGCUCUUGGUAGUUUUGUAGAAGAAUACAACAAUAAAGUACAAAUAGUUUCGUUAGACGAAGAGACAUCCGAAUUUAGUGCCAAAAGUACUUUCGAUCAUCCUUAUCCGACAACAAAAGUUAUGUGGAUACCGGACAGUAAAGGAUUACUUCCCGAUCUUUUGGCUACAUCCGGCGAUUAUCUAAGAGUCUGGAGAGCAGCAGAGCCAGAAACUCGUUUGGAAUGCGUUCUAAACAACAAUAAAAAUUCAGACUUCUGUGCUCCACUCACCUCUUUCGAUUGGAACGAAGUGGAUCCAAACUUAAUCGGCACCGCUAGUAUAGAUACAACAUGUACCAUUUGGGGUUUAGAAACAGGACAGGUUUUAGGAAGAGUGAACAUGGUCACGGGACACGUUAAGACACAAUUGAUUGCUCACGACAAAGAAGUAUAUGAUAUAGCAUUUAGUCGCGCCGGAGGUGGACGCGACAUGUUCGCGUCCGUCGGAGCUGACGGUUCCGUAAGGAUGUUUGAUUUAAGACAUUUGGAACACUCGACAAUUAUUUAUGAGGAUCCUCAACACACGCCACUGUUGAGACUCGCAUGGAACAAACAAGAUCCAAAUUAUCUUGCAACAGUAGCUAUGGACGCUCGUGAAGUGAUAAUUUUAGAUGUUCGUGUUCCGUGUACACCGGUUGCCAGGUUAAAUAACCAUAGGGCAAGCGUUAAUGGAAUAGCCUGGGCGCCGCACUCGUCUUGUCACAUUUGCACAGCUGGCGACGACCACCAAGCGUUAAUUUGGGACAUACAACAAAUGCCAAGAGCAAUCGAAGAUCCCAUUCUCGCUUACACCGCUGCAGAAGGAGAGGUCAAUCAGAUUCAAUGGGGUGCCACGCAGCCUGACUGGAUCGCUAUUUGUUAUAACAAAGCGGCAGAAAUCCUCAGAGUGUAAAGAAACUGUUUACCAAGUAGGCCUACAUCUUCCUAUUUGUCACGGAGUUUCUUUGCUUUUUCUUUCUUUUUGUUUCUUUUUGUUUCUCUUUGUUUCUCUUUUUUGUUUUUAGAGAGAAAUCGUUAUAUGAACUCGUUCGAUUAUUUCAUUUGAAUGUUUCGUAUGGAGUUACCAAUCGUCCAUACAUGUUUUUAUUUCUUUUCGUACCUGCAAAACAGGCAUGUACAAAUACUAGUUAUUUCGCAAACAUACAGAGAAAUAAGGGGAAUACCUGAGGGGUAUGAGUGUAACGAAUAAUCGUUUUUAAAUUUGAAUCGUUCGUUUGAGACGAACCGUUCAGUUUCAUCGGAUCUACGAAUGAAAAUUGUCGGGACGCGACCAUGGAUGGACCGAUCUAGAAAUAUCGAGUAUAUGUACAUGUUGACUUAACGAUAAUGCAAUGUGUUAUCAUUGUGCCACCGGUAUUUAUGUAUGUAUUUAAGAUUCUCAGGAUUAUCAAGCAAAUGUACACGCGAUGAAAUGAAAUAACAACAGCAAACACGCAUAAGAGCUCGUUGAAUAGUAGCCGAAUAAUAUAAAUUUGUAUAAGAGACGGUUUCGUACGUCUUCGGUAAUCGAUAGAUACGUGUUCUGGGGGUACGAUAUAUAGAGACUGACAAAUCACAUGUAUAUUACGAUGAUGUAAAAUAAUCGUAAUCGAUGUAUUUCAUUCUGUGAUCAAUUUAAUUUCGAGAAAAAGAGAUUGUUCUUCUUAGAAGAAUAUUCACGGAGGCAACAUUGGAAGAAUCGUUUUCUCGUCAGAUGGAACGAAAUGAAAUAUAUCAAUUAGGGUGUAAUUGUAUAUAUGUUUAUAUUUACUUGAUUUUCUAGAAAAUCAUAGAAUAUCACAAUAGAUCUUUUGGUAAUCUGCAGGCUCGUUUAGUACAUUUGAUGAAAACGACAAUUAUAUUCUAGCAAGCGCGCGCGCGUUCGCGUUCGCGUGUGUAUGGCGUGUGCGUAUGGCGUGUGCGUAUGGCGUGUGCGUAUGGCGUGUGCGUAUGGCGUGUGUGUAUGGCGUGUGUGUAUGGCGUGUGUGUAUCCAUGAUUCAAUAAGAGAGAAAAGCCACGUUAAAUUCUUUUAUUCCAACGACAAAAGUUGUAGUGGUAGUAUUGGUGAUACUAGAAUUAGCGAGGAAACCAACUUAUGUGAUAAUAUGAUUACAUACUUACGAAGUUUUCAAGAUUCUUAAGAUGUAAGAUUGUAUCAUGAAAUUGUAAUUAAAGGUAGUCUUUUUAUACAUAAAUUAUUUAAAUCAACUCUAAGGCAACUCGGUAUACUUAAUAAUCCAUGCUUUCACGAGAAUCAUAGUUUCCAUAGCCGACAACAUAUGGUAGGAUUAUAACGAACACAGUUGAAAUGCGAAAGAAAAGGAAAAUUUCUAUUGCUGUCCGAUGUAUCAUAAUUUACAGCUAAUAUAAUGGGCGAGAUGCAUUAUUUACAAUAAUGAAAUGCGAGAACGCGUGUCAGAAAUAUUAGCCAAUCGAUUAAACGAAAUUUUUGCAGUAAUACUUUGUUUUCGAUAGAAUGUUUGAGGACUUUACGCAGCUGUAAGAUUAGUAUUAUAUAUUACUGCUACUUUAAUAAA